UAUGAUUCUUUUAGUUUGAGUAGUAUUUAUACGUAUCCUAUAUCGCCCAAUACAUGUACAAUACUUAUUUUUUUUCAUCAAUGGCAAAGCAAACUCCACCAAUCAUCACGCUUCUCUCUUUGCUUAUUCUCUUUUUCAUGAUAUCAAUAACUACAGAAGGGACUGAGAAGUCGUCAUAUGGGUACGACUCUAGAAAAUUGUUUGUAUUUGGAGACUCCUAUGUUGACACAGGAAAUUUUUUAAACUCGCCGUCUUAUAAACCUCCGUAUGGAAUCACAUUUCCUCAUCAUCCAUCUGGAAGAUUCUCCGAUGGUCGCGUUCUCACCGAUUAUAUUGCAGCUUCCUCUCUGAAUAUAAAAUCUCCUGCACCAUAUUCAUUGAGAAAUUCAUCUGAUCUUCAAUUUGGUAUAAACUUUGCCUACGGAGGAACCGGUGUUUUCGAUACAUCUCUCAAAGGACCGAACAUGACUACCCAAAUCGACACAUUUGAAGAGUUAAUCAAACAAAAUAUAUAUAAUAAAUCUGAGAUUGAUUCCUCAUUUGCCCUAGUCAGUGUUGCUGGUAACGACUAUUUUCAAUAUUUCUUUAAAGAUGGGAAGAGCCUUAAGGAUGUAUUAGUAUUCGGUGCUUCAAUCAUAAAGCAGUUGUCAAUAAAUCUUAAACGCAUCCAUAGCAUCGGAAUAAAUAAAAUAGCAAUUGGAUUGCAAGAGCCUACUGGGUGUUUGCCAGUAAUAACUAAAACAUAUGAUAAGUGCAAUGACACUAUUAACUUGCUCUUCAUGAAGCACAACGAAAUGUUACUCCAAGCUGUGGAAGAUCUGAAUAAAGAAAGCGAAUCAGUUUUCGUCGCGACACUAGACCUCUACAAAUCUUUUCUUUCCGUAAUUGAAACAAUGCAGAAAAACUCAACCGUGGAGAAUGUGUUGCGACCGUGUUGUGUUCCAGAGAGUUCAAGUUAUGAGUGCGGAAGUGUAGAUGAGAGAGGACAAAAGAAAUAUAGUUUAUGUGAUAAACCGGAGCUUUCAUUCUUUUGGGACGCUUUUCAUCCUACUCAAAAUGGCUGGGAUGCUGUUUACAAGAUGGUGCGAACUUCUCUGUCCCUAUAAUUUAAAGAGAAAAGCAACUUAUACUUAAAAAUAUUAUAGAGGUGCUUGAGUUAUUAAGUAAAGAAUAAGGCUACCAAAAUAAUUAAAUAAGUUUCUUUAAUGAUCAA